CUGAUCUGAGCAUCAGCUGACUAUCAUCCCUGUCUCUGCAGAGCGCGGGCGGAGUGAGGUAGCGGCAUGAGGUUGCUGCUUUGUGCUUGCUGUGUCCUGCUGGGAUGGCGUCCGGCUGGAGCCCUGGACAGUGGGAUGCUCUACCCACGGGAGUCAUCCUCCAGGGAGCUGAAGGAUCUCAGCGGCCUCUGGAGCUUCAGGGCAGACUGGUCAGAGCAAAGGAAUGCAGGAUUCGUGGAGCAGUGGUACAGCCGGCCACUUCGGCAGACAGGGCCUGUGAUGGACAUGCCAGUCCCUGCCAGCUUCAAUGACAUAACUCAAGAUCCAAAGUUGCGGAGAUUUAUUGGCUGGGUGUGGUACGAGAAAGAGGUGCUUCCACCGGCUCGCUGGUUCUUGAGAGAUACUGGGACUCGUAUUGUGCUCCGAAUUGGCAGUGCACACUACUACUCUGUUGUGUGGGUGAAUGGAGUGGAAGUCACUGAGCACGAAGGAGGACACCUCCCUUUUGAAGUGGAGAUCAGUGAAAUCUUGCAUAGGAGUCCCAAAGAGCCCUGCCGCAUCACCAUGGCAAUCAAUAACACUCUGACACCGCACACACUGCCUCCAGGAACAAUUCAGUAUAUGGAUGAUGAGUCCAUGUAUCCAAAGGGCUACUUUGUUCAAAACACAAGAUUUGAUUUCUUCAACUAUGCUGGAAUUCACCGCCCCGUCUUACUCUACACCACACCCUUGGCCUACAUUGACGAUAUCACAGUAACCAUGGCCUUGAAGGGAAAUGUUGGCCUGGUUCGUUAUUUGGUGUCUGUACGAGGAAGCUCAGACUACUUUUUAUCCCUGACUUUGUAUGACAGUGACCGUUUUGCCGUAGCAACAGGAAACGGGUCAGCUGGUGAACUGAAAGUGAUGGAUCCUUUUCUCUGGUGGCCCUACUUGAUGAACGAACGUCCUGGAUACCUCUACUCCUUGAAGGCUCCGGAGGCUUUUCUUGAGCCUCCGGGAGGGCGAAAACGGCUCCCCAGGCUCCAGAGCCCCUCUGGAACGGGCCUAUCAGACGUUUCUGGUCUUCCUGAACUUCCGAUCACGCUUUCCGCCGUUGUGGAUGGCUCCAUCUCUGAAGACACCUAUGUGCAGCCAGUUGGUAUCCGAACCAUCUUUGUUGCUCGCAACCAGUUUCUUAUUAAUGGGAAACCAUUCUAUUUUCACGGGGUCAACAAACAUGAAGAUGCUGAUAUCCGUGGCAAGGGCCUCGACUGGCCUCUGAUCAUGAAGGAUUUCAACCUUCUGCACUGGCUGGGAGCCAAUUCCUUUCGCACCAGCCAUUAUCCGUAUGCUGAGGAGAUCAUGGAGCUUUGUGAUGCUUAUGGCAUUGUCGUGAUUGACGAGAGCCCAGGAGUAGGCAUGCGUGACAGUCUGAACUUUGGAAACCAGUCUCUGCAACACCACCUUGUUGUGAUGGAAGAGCUGAUCCGGCGGGACAAAAACCGACCCUCGGUUGUGAUGUGGUCAGUAGCCAAUGAGCCAGCCUCAGAGUUGCCUGUGGCUGCUUACUACUUCAAGACAGUGAUAGCCCACACCAAAGCUUUGGACCCCACCCGGCCUGUGACAUUUGUCUCAAAUGCUAAUUACCUCCGAGAUCAGGGGGCACCUUAUGUGGAUGUCAUCUGUGUGAAUAGCUACUUCUCCUGGUACCAUGAUGCAGGACACCUGGAAGUGAUCCAGCCGCAGCUGAAGACACAGUUUGAGAACUGGUAUACUACCCACCAAAAGCCCAUCAUUCAGAGUGAAUAUGGAGCUGACACCAUCAGCGGCUUUCAUGCUGACCCCCCUCUCAUGUUCUCUGAGGAAUACCAGGAAGCUGUACUCAAGGAGUAUCAUGCUGUCUUAGAUCAAAAGAAGGAGGAGUACGUGAUUGGAGAGCUCAUCUGGAAUUUUGCCGAUUUUAUGACAGAACAAGGGGUGACACGCGUCAUGGGUAACAAGAAAGGGAUUUUCACUCGCCAACGCCAACCGAAAGCCGCUGCCUUUGUUUUGAAAAAAAGAUACUGGAAGAUUGCCAAUGAAUCCAGAUCUCAGAUGCCACCAGCCCCGUGCAGUGCCUGCUUGCCCUAAAGCAAACUUCUCCAAGUUUGCUCAACUCUCAUUUCAGGUAUUACCAGACGUUCGUGUUACAGAUGUUCUACAGAAAGAACAUUAAAAUACAGGUAACUUUUCUAUGAUUAAAUGUCAGAGAAGAAAUGUACUGAGAUCAUGAAAUAUAAUCAACAAAGCUGCGAGCAGGACUGGUGACAAAAUUUGGCAAUCAUAGGUUUGUUCUACCCUUUCAAGGAGUCAGAGAAAAAGAUACUGUGGAUGCGUUUCUCCUCCGAUUUUGAAAAACAUUUGCACAUUUCUAAGGGUCAAAACAUUUCUUAGCCUUAUUAAAGUGUUUUACAAUCUUU